UUGAUAGUGUGACGGAACUCGGAAGUGCAUAGAGGCUGUCACGAAAAGACCUCACAAGGUUCCCUGUUUUGUGCGCUUUCAAAGGCACGUUUCUGGUAUCUGUGUCUGCUGUGUUUGGAUUGCAAGCACCUGUGAACAUGUUCAUCUUUCACUACAGACUAGUUAAGCCACAUUUAUAAAAUCAUCUGAAGAGAAGAAGACCUCAAAAUAUGUAACAAAUAAUGUUAUUUGAGACCACUGAGAAAAGUCAAAUAGGUUUGUGUUCGGAACGUUUAAUUUAAUCGAGAAAUUGUGAAUAUAAUGAGACACGCGUUACCUACUACAAAAGAGGUGACAUUUCCUUGGAUAAGCGGGCAUGAAAACGGGUGGCUUAAAUAUCUGUGUGCCCUCAAGUGGCCAAAAGAUGCUUCCACCUCUGAAUUUCUCUUCUUAAUCUCAGUCUUUCUUGUAAGGAAAAGGUGAAUUUUAUAAAAACAAUUCUAGAUUUUGUUCUCACUGCAAUACAUAGCACAAUGAAUGGAAAGCUGCUGUUACUGGGUCUGCUUUAUUGUGUUCAGGGAAUACCAUAUGGAAUGCAGUCAUCUCUGUUGCCAAUUUACUUCAGAACAUCUGGGCUAUCCUUCACCAAAAUAAGCCUGACCAAAAUUCUGUAUUUUCCAUGGAUCCUCAAAGUAAUCUGGGCUCCACUUGUUGACCAGUUUUCUACCAAGAGACAGUGGCUUCUGUUCACAAUGUGUGGAAUGGCACUAUGUUGCUUAAUCACUGGCACACUCUCUCCAGAGUAUAACUUCUCAGCUUUAGCUGUAUCUCUGUUGCUAAUGAACCUUAUGGCUUCAGUUCAAGAUAUUGCAGUCGAUGGUGUAGCAGUCCAGAUACUACAGAGUGAUGAAGUUGGCUAUGGAAACACAGUACAGGUGGUAGGGUACAAACUUGGCUCAGUCUUUGCUGGAGGCGGCUUACUGACAAUUAUGAAUUUGGUAGGAUGGGGUCUAAUGUUUGCUCUGCUCAGUAUAGUGUAUGUGAUUGUUAUACUAUAUACUGCGGUAGCUUCUGAGUUGAAAACUCUGUCUAAAAUCCAGAGUAAUCGCCAUAAGUCUAUGAAGCACAGUUUAAAUCCUUGGAGAAUACUGCAAGAAAUCCUCAGAGUGCCAGACACGUUUUGGACCAUAGGUUUUGUUCUUGUUUACAAACUUGGUGAACAAGGAGCAAUAAGCAUGUUUCCUCUUUUCUUAUUGGACCAUGGCAUGUCAGCAGGAGAGAUUGGACUUUGGCAUGGAAUGGUGGCCAUGGUAUUUUCAAUAAUUGGCUCCUCCCUUGGUGGGUUUCUAACUACUCGAUACAAGGUCUAUUCUUUAAUGAAGAUUUUCUUUAUCUUGAGGCUGUUAAGUUUGGCUUUCCAGACAUUUCUAAUAAAUGUGUUUAACAGUAACUCCUGGCUUAUGAAAGGAUGUGCCAUACUAAGCAUAAACAUACAACAUUUCUUUGGUGGAUCAAUAACAACACUUGCAUUCAGCAUUAUGAUGCAAUGCACAAAAAUGGCACAUGUCAGAAUACAGGCUACUCAUUAUAGUUUCCUAGCAACUCUUGAGGUACUUGGAAAACUCUCUUUCAGUAUACUAGUUGGCUGGAUUGUUGACUGGGUUGGAUUUUUCUUGAGUUUCAUUAUUUUUCAACUUCUGUCUGUUGUAGCUAUAUUACAUGUUUACAAAGCUCCAAAAACUCUUUCCUAGUAAAAAAAAAAAAUAUGUCCAAGUAAUUUAAUCUAGUAUGUAAUGAAAUACAUAAUCAGGAUUAGUAUUAUAUGCAAAGAGUACAGGUAUAUUUUAAUUAUAAAGAAUCUGUUU